UCCUUGUAUUAAAGAGGUAGGGACUUCAGGGGUUCCUCAGAGGAUGCAGAUGUGCACAGAAGACACAGUUUUUAAAGGUCCGGGCAAAAAGAAUACAUUCUUCUCUGCACUCACACCUAGAAGAGGAGACAGCUCAGGAGAGACUUGAUUCUAGAAGCUUUGAACACUAUGCAGUACAACAUCACAGAAGUUAUGCCCAGCCUGGCUCCAGCUACAGCUGCUUCUGUGGUGGCCUUCAUAUUUCUGCUCAUUGUCAUCUGGAGUUAUGAAGAGACAUCUUCAAUACCAGGUCCUCCCUACUGUCUGGGCUUGGGACCUCUAAUUUCCUAUGGAAGAUUCCUAUGGAAAGGAAUUGGAAGUGCAUCAAAUUAUUACAAUAGCAUGUAUGGGGACUUUGUAAGAGUCUGGAUUAAUGGCGAGGAAACACUAAUAAUCAGCAGCUCUUCAGCAACAUGUCAUGUGAUGAAGCACACUCAUUAUGUUUCAAGGUUUGGCAGUAAACUAGGAUUGCAGUGUAUCGGGAUGAAUGAAAAUGGGAUUAUAUUUAACAGCAAUCCAUCACUGUGGAAGGUGAUCCGGCCCUUCUUCACCCGGGCUCUGUCUGGACCUGGACUUAUCCAGGCUACAGAACACUGCAUUAGGUCCACCAAGCGAUUCCUGGAAAAAAUGUGUGAUGUUACCGAUCAACAGGGGAAUGUAAAUGUGCUCAAGCUCAUGAGACUCGUCAUGUUGGACACCUCUAACAACCUCUUCCUAAGAAUUCCUACAGACGAAAAUGAAAUUGUUCUGAAGAUCCAGAAAUACUUUGAUGCAUGGGAAGCGCUUAUCCUGAAACCUGACAUUUUCUUUAAAUUUUCCUGGCUCUACAAGAAGUAUGAGAAAUCAGCCAAUGAUUUGAAAGAGGCUGUUGAAAUUCUCAUUGAACAAAAGCGGCGGGAGCUUUCAGCUUCAGACAAACUGGAUGAGAAUCUUGAUUUUGCUUCAGAGCUAAUCUUUGCACAGAAUCAUGGAGAUCUAACAGCCGAGAAUGUGAACCAGAGCAUUGUGGAAAUGCUGAUCGCUGCUCCGGACACCAUGUCAGUGUCUCUCUACUUCAUGCUAACCCUAAUCGCUCAGCAUCCAAAGGCUGAAGAGAUGAUCAUGGAAGAAAUCCACACUGUUGUUGGAGACCGAGAAGUACAGAGUAAUGACAUGCAAAACCUUAAAUUUCUGGAGAACUUCAUCUAUGAAAGCAUGAGGUACCAGCCCGUGGUAGACUUGGUCAUGCGCAGGGCUCUGGAGGACGAUGUAAUCGAUGGCUAUUGUGUGAAGAAAGGAACUAACAUCAUCCUUAACAUUGGCCGCAUGCAUAAAGUCGAAUUCUUCCCAAAGCCAAAUGAAUUCAGCCUGGAAAACUUUGAGAAAACGGUUCCACAUCGCUACUUUCAGCCGUUUGGUUUCGGUCCCCGUGCCUGUGCUGGGAAAUACAUAGCCAUGGUGAUGAUGAAAGCAAUACUGGUGACUGUGCUGAAAAGAUACAGGGUGCAAACCCUGCAAGGACGUUGUCUGGAGAACAUUCACAAUACUAACAAUCUGUCCAUGCACCCUGACGAAUCGCAGCCCUCAUUAGAGAUGGCCUUCAUUCCUCUACACACAGCCCAGCUCACACAUUAGCACUCAACACCCUCAUUUGUGCUGCGUCUGCGGAUCGGAAAUGUGAUUAACCUAGAAUUAGUGACAGUGUUGGUCUGUGUUAAAUCUGGAUUCAAUCACUGACAUUGUAUUGUAGUGUCUGAUACAGUUAUAUAUUUUAUGCAUAUUUAACAUUAUUAUUAAUAAAAUAUUCCGUCUAUUUUCACA